AGUGAAUUUGUUUUUGUGAUUUCGUUUGUUGGUGUUUGUAGUGGUUUUUUCAUCCAAACAAUAAUAGAAAAUUAUAUUAUUUCAUUUUGAAAUCGAGCUGAUCAAUCGUUUUAAAUACUUACAUUUUGAUUUCAAUCAUAUUGGACAAAAUAACAAACAACUAAUUUGAUGUUGUGAAUUUCAUUUUUUUUUCACAUUGGCAAACAAUAACAUCCACAUAUGAAGCCCAACAAUUUGUUGAUAAUGAUGUUGCCGUAUAUCAUCGGUUGCAAUCGACGAUAUCGUUGACAGCAAACAAACAAACAAAAUAAAAAUAAAACAAUAAACAUAAAACGUGCUGAUAAAAAUACUUAUUCAUAAGUAACAAUCUAUCCAUUCCGUCAUUCAAUCAUUAUCUAAAAAUUCUGUACAAAUCCGGUUUGUUUGAUCUAAAUCAUUAACUAAAGAUCAAAAUGUCAGAUUCCAAGCGAGUGGGCUAUUGUUGGAGUGAACGUAAAGGACAAAAAAUAAAUGUAGAAGAAUUGGCCGAAAAUUUUGCAAAAAAUGGCUAUGAAUUCGUCAAGAUUAAUUUGGAUGAAAAUUUAGAACAACAGGGACCAUUCGAUGCCAUUAUUCAUAAGCUAUCUGAUCUGUUAUAUCAAAUUGAUACCGAUGAACAAGCAAGACGUCAGAUCAAAGAAUUUGAAAAUUAUGUUGAAGCACAUCCAGAGAUUGUUGUCAUUGAUCAAUUGAAAAAUGUUAGCAAAAUUCUUGACCGCUAUCAUCAAUAUAAGAUCAUAAAAGAAAGUGAUCUGGCUAAAGAAGAUGGAGUGUUCACACCCACAUUUGUAGAAAUGACAUCAACAAAUGUGGAUGAAAAUCUGGCUAAAUUAGAAGCGGCUCAUGUGAAAUUUCCUUUCGUUUGCAAGCCAAUGCGUGCUCAAGGAACGCGAUUUGCACACAAAAUGUCAAUUAUAUUUGAUGAAAAUGGCCUACAUUCGAUCAGUCCGCCUUGUGUGGCACAAACAUUCAUCAAUCAUAAUGCUCGACUGUAUAAAUUGUUCAUCAUUAAAGAUAAAUACUUUGUCAUAGAACGGCCAUCGAUCAAAAAUUUUAAACCAGAUCAACACUACGAAACGGUGCAUUUUGAUAGCCAUGACAUUUCCAAACCAUAUUCAUCAUCAUCUUUGAUUGAAUUAGAUGAAGAUGAACGUAGUAAUCGUAUUAUCGAACCGGAAAAGGAACGUCUCGAUCGUAUCGUCAAAGUCAUGUUCGAAGAACUUGGUCUAUAUUUAUUAGGCAUCGAUGUUAUCAUUGAAAAUGAAACCGGCCGCUAUGCUAUCAUCGACAUGAACACAUUUCCUGGCUAUGAUGGAGUGGAAAAUUUUCCUCAACAAUUCUGUGGUAUUCUUGUCGAUGAAAUAGAAAAAUCUCGAAUGGCCUAUCGCCAAGCGAAUUCUAAUGUUAACGGCCAUCAUCAGCAACAAAUUCAUUCAAAUUGUAAUGGUACCUAUACGAAUGUGGAUUUUGAUAGUGGUAUCGAUACAUCAGAUUCAUGUGACGAAAAGAAAAACCCACCACGAUCAAAUCGUUUAGAUCAAAAUCCUCCUGCAAAAUUUUAUAAAAAACAACGUUGGCAUCAACAACAACAACAUCAAGUGCAGCAAUUGAAUAGUGUGGCCGAAACAACACUAUCGAACACAACAACAGCUAAUGAACCAAGUGUUAUGAAAAAACACGACAAUCCAAAUCGAAUUCUUUCCGGUAUCGACCAAAUAUGACCAAUGAUUACAAUUUUUUUCCUUUCUUUAUUAUACACUGGCAUAAAUUAUUUUAUUUUA